UAGUGGGUAUCGUGAUGUCACUAAUGGGAUCCUUAUGUUUGUGGUUGCCUGGAGCAGGUAUCACACUCUUUGCACUGUUUUAUACGCUUGGCAAUAUAUGUUCUUUGGGAAGCACGAUUUUCCUGAUGGGACCCGUAAAUCAGUUAAAGCGUAUGUUUCAGGAGACUAGAAUUUUCGCAGCAGUAAUCAUGCUGGUAUGUUUGGUUCUCACAAUCGUCUUCGCAAUACUGGAACUUCGUCUCCUCUGCUUAAUAUUUUGCAUUCUCCAAUCGUUGUCGUUGACAUGGUAUUCACUCUCGUAUAUCCCUUAUGCUAGGUAAUCCCGUUAGUUAUUUGUUCAAUAUUUCUGUCAUGUUUUUGAUUAUAUUAGUGUGUUUAACUUGAUAUAAUUUCAAAUAAUUGAUGUUUUAGCUAAGUUGGUUUUUCGAUUUUAUCAUCAACAUUUUCUUUGUGGUUAGAUCUGCAUUCUGUAACAUUUUCGUUAAAAUAGUUGAUCUCCAGUAUUUUUGUCACAAGUUUGCGUAAACCGAUCAAUUUCAUUGAGCUCGCUUCUCGGUGUUUCGGUACGGGUCUAGGCAUUUGAUAAUGUCUACUAGGUGGUAAUCUAGCCCCGACUGGAUUAAUUCUAGUCAGUCCUUUAGUUAGUAAUUUCGUGCUAGUUGGUACUCGUUAACAAGGAGUAUCUGCAAACUUUGGGAACUAAACACUAUCGAUUCACUUGGACUUAUGUUCACAUUCUAGUUCAGUCGACAAAAUUUGAUCGCACUCAGAUCCAAACAAACAUGAAAUUAAUUUUAAUCGCUAAGUGAUUGAAUAAUCUCAAUCCUACGGACCAUUCAUAUCCCAAAUAGCUCAUCAGUAAUCUCAGAAUGUACUACUAGAUAAUGUGAAUACAAAUCCUAUUGGAUCCAUCAGUCCACUCAAGAUUCCAGGUAAGUCUUGCUAAUUAGUGCUAACUAGCACGAAACCUAGUUUCCAAGUUGCUUACCGACUACCUCCAUCCAUGUAAUAUGCAAUUUAAUAAAUAUAUUAGUUGACAUACUGCAAAUGGACGUGUUUUAUAAUUCACGUCUACUUCGCUACUUCUAAAGCGUUUAAAAAGCGUGCUUUAAAGCAACUUGGAUUACGUGGAUACUUAAAGUCUCGACUUUAUUAGUACUAACCACAAAUAGUGUUAAACAAAGAUGUCCAUUCCUGCCAUAAGUGGCAUACACAAAGCAUUUUGUAAGUAAGGAUUCAGAAAUGAAAAUGAUGACUUGAACUGAAUAAAGACUAUCUGUAGUGUUAAUAACAUUUUCUUUUUCUUUAGUUUUCAAGAGUCAUUGUUUAUUGAUGCUUGAAUGAACUGGUACAAGCACAAAGUAAUCAUUAGUAGCGAAUUUCAACUACUUAAGCUGAAUACCGAAAAGCCGUAAAAUUAACUCAUCCGAAUUACAUCGAAGUAACCUUAUUAUUAGAGUAUGUCUCAAUUUAGAUUAAUGGUAUCUCGAAAAUGUACCGGUGUGCAAAUUACUGUUAGUAUUGAGAAUAAUUUAUUCACAGCCCCCUGAAUGCCCUGGUACGGCUGAGAGUG